AUGCGGUUCCAAGCUAUCGCGGUAUGGCUCUUUGCCUGGGCGGUUUCGUCGGUCUACGGGACUGCUUUGACCUACAGACUCGAUGCUGCCGAGAAGGCCUGCUUUUACUCCUGGAUCGAUAAACCCCCAGCCAAAAUCGCUUUUUACUUCGCUGUCCAAUCUGGUGGCUCGUUCGAUAUCGAUUUCUCCGUCUAUGGCCCAGGAGAGAGACUGGUUAUGGAUGGAACUAAGGAGAGACAGGGAGAUUUUGUCUUUACCGCCCAGUCCGUCGGAGAAUAUCGCUUCUGCUUCAAUAACGAGAUGUCAACCUUCGCUGAGAAGACCGUGGACUUUGAGAUUGCUGUUGAGAACGAGGAACGAACCCAGCUACCCUCGAAACCGGGCACCUCCCCUGAGCAGGCGUCGGCGGUGGAAGAGACCAUCUUCAGAUUAGGUGGCCAACUGUCUACAAUCAGCCGAAACCAGAAGUAUUUCCGCACUCGUGAGAACAGGAAUUUCAGCACCGUGCGGAGCACGGAGAAGAGGAUAUUCAACUUCAGCGUUAUCGAAAGUUUGAUGAUGAUUUCGAUGGCUGGCCUUCAGGUGUUUAUUGUCAGGUUCUUUUUCCAGGGCGCUAGGAAAGUGGCGACAUCUUGCACCACUGCAAGGGAGAACACGGGUGGGAACCAGGAGCGGUUUUCUCCUGUAGCGUUUCGAGCAGACAGCAGAUCUAUAGCAGGGGAAGGAAAAGUUGGCCGAACCCACAGAUCAUCGUUCCCUGCAGCUCUCGCUCCGAGUUAUGUCCGUAUCGUCCGUUUCGAGGGUACAAGCAAAGAUGUCAUCGCUACCUCCACUUCCGGCCUGGUUCUUCGUACUAUCCUGGCCAUGGCGUUCGUCGCUCCAGUUAAACCCGGACGGAACACAUCCAUCAAUGUGCUUGAGGUCGAUCAAAUCCGCCACUUGGUCGAGCCCAAAUACUAG